AUGGAACUGGUGGCGGGAAAACCGCGACAGAGGGCUUGGAAGCCCAAGGCAAGGUCGGGAUGUAAGACGUGCAAAAUUCGCCGUAUAAAAUGCGACGAGCAAAAACCUCACUGUACCCGCUGCACCUCCACCGGCCGCACCUGCGACGGCUACGACUCAAACUUCCGCUCACCAAAACCCAUCACCUCGUCACCCGCAGAAGCUCAAAAUCUCCUGUCAUCAUUCUGCUCAGGAUCUACCCCUCGCACCCUCCGCAGUCACCCCGCAGUCCCCCUCCCCCUCGCCCCGGCUCUCCCCUUCUCCACCACCGAAGAAAAAUCCAGUUUCUCCUUCUUCACAUCCCACGCUAUCCCCAAACUCCGCGGCUUCCUCGACUCCCCCUUUUGGCAACGCGAAGUGCUCCAAGCCGCGCACCGCGAACCCGCAAUCCAGCACUGCGUCAUCGCCCUAGGUGCCAUGUACCGGCGCUUCCACGAAGGCUCGCACUCGCAUAUUCGGGAGAGCGCAAUGGCGCACCAGCACCUGCAAUUCGCCUUCCUCCAGUCCAACCGGGCUAUCAAAGUCCUCCUAGAGAAAUCUGGAGCGGGGGAUUCGAAGACGUCGGGGAAAGACAAAAUGACCUUGAUGACAUGUGCGAUUCUCUUCAGCAGCAUGUGCUGUCUCCAAGGCUACCAGAAACACGCUGUCGAGCAUUUAAGGAGUGGGAUUCGCAUGCUGAACGAGAUGGAUGAUGCAGGGGAGACAGCAGUCACGGAGCACGCUGUAGAGCUGGAAUCGCUUCGCACAAUUUUCGUAGCGCUGGACGCGCAGAUACGGGCUAUUAUGCCGUCUGCGCAGUCGAGGAGCUGGGUGAAGAAACCGAAAGUCAAGUCUGGAGGUCAGGCGUUGGAGGCGUGCAAGAAGCUGAGUAUGGCGAGCUUGCAAGGGGUGCUGAGGCAUAUGGAGUGUUUGCUUAGCCAUAUCCAUGCGUUUAACCAAAAGACGUUUCUGAGGGGGCCGGGGGAAGAGGAGCAGGUUGGAGUGGAGUUGAGGGAGCUGGUGGAGAGGUUUCAUGCUGGGGCGGUGGUAAUGAAGAAGUUGUGGGGGGAGGCGGAGAGGGGGAGUCGACGUGACGAGUUUACACAGCCGCUUAUUGCGCUUGAGCUGAUGCAGUGCCAGAUGGAGUAUUUGCUGCGGUUGCCCCGGGCGGAUAUCGUGGCGAGAUUCCCUUGCUUGGCUGCGUUCCAGCAUGCUAAGGAGCCAUUCACGACGCCGUUUGACGAGGCGGCAUUGUUUGCCAGCAUCUUUGAUCUGUGUGAUCAGUUGUUGGUUGUGCCGGGGAAUAAGUCUACGCCGGUUUUUAUGACUUCAAUGGGGCCGACGGCGGCAUUGUGGUUCAUAGCUAUUCGAGCGCCUGCUUCCUGCCAGGCACUACGGCGGCGUGCUGUCGGGUUGAUGCUGAGCCAUCCUCGAAGAGAAGGCUUCUGGGAUGGCAUGGUCGCCGGUUGGAUAGCGGAUGAGGCUUUGUCGCUCGAGCAGGAACGUACGAGAGCGGAACUGAACAUUUUCAGUAACGAUGCAGUGGGUGAUGUGGAGGUUCCGAAGCACCUGCGCAUCAUCUCUUUUUGGCUGACGUAUCCUGACGACGAGGAUCGAAAAGUAAGAGUUGGGUUUUCGGAUGCAGGAGAUUUGGCUGUGGGGGUGCCAGGUACUGUCAAGUGGUUUACCUGGUGA